GUCAGUGAGCAGGCAUCCGUCAGGCUUCCCCUUCAGUGUUAACACGCUGUAGCAUCCCUCAGACAAGGUCGUGCACUUUCGCCUUUCCCCAUGUCAAACAACCAAAUAAGUCGCGUGGGUGAGCCGCUGACGCAGUCAUUGUGUCCCAACCAACCGAACCCCACGAGGACGGAGACGCGGACACAGCUUGAAAUCGCAGUCAUUUAUUGUUGACAGUUAGUAGGGUGGCCGGUUCGCACGUGUUCGCUGCAAUAGGUUACUUCAGGCGCGCGAGAAUAUUUCGCCAGGUAAAUACUGUAGGGGCACGAGACGAGCUCGCGCCAGACGCGCGAACAUGAAUUCCGCGGCGAGUGUUUGAGCGUUUCUUCGUAAUGACUGCAUUUAUCCAGCUGAGUUUAUGAACAGAGCGACAGACUGCCAGCGAACAUUAACAACACUCGCAAUAAAACAGUAUUUGUUACCGAGCAGCAUGUUAAAAUCGGACGAUUUGAGUCGCGCUCUGAGGUCUCGUGAAGUCUUCAGCGGUGACGAGACAGAGACAGAGGCGGAGGCGAGUCCGUUAACGGAGGACUUGGGCAGCGAUUAAGACUCUGGGACCUUCCGUCGUUUGACCGGGCAUCCUUCUCCUUAAAAUAAUCAUCACAGACUCGCAGAGCGAGUCUGUGAGCUGUGCAGUGUGGGACGCUGUCUGCCCCGUUGUCAUCAGACGUCAUGAGCUGGAGCUUCCUGACGCGUCUGCUGGAGGAGAUCCAGCACCACUCCACGUCGGUGGGAAAACUCUGGCUCACUGCGCUAGUUGUCUUCCGCAUCGUGCUGACUGUGGUGGGCGGCGAGUCCAUAUACUACGAUGAGCAGAGCAAGUUUGUCUGCAACUCGGGCCAGCCGGGAUGUGAGAACGUCUGCUACGAUGCCUUCGCGCCGCUCUCGCACGUGCGAUUCUGGGUCUUUCAGAUUAUCCUGUCCGCCAUGCCCUCUCUGCUCUAUAUGGGCUACGCGGCCAAUAAGAUCUCCCACAACGAGGAAUUGAGGGGCGGUGCGGGGGCCGGGGCUCCAGCCGCAAGCAACUCAGCGGGGGGCGGAUACACCCAGCGCAGACCGAGAAAGAUGUACUUUGGUGCGCGGCAGCAUCGGCCAGGACAUGAGGAUGGGGAAGAGGAACGCGAAGACGACCCCAUGAUCUAUGAAGUGCCUGAGAUAGACAACACGCGUCGUGAGCUGGUGCCACCGCGUCCCAAACCCAAAGUCCGCCACGAUGGGCGCCGGCGAAUACAAGACGAUGGUCUGAUGCGAGUUUAUGUGUUACAGCUGCUGACACGCUCUGCACUGGAGGCAGGCUUUCUGGCGGGACAGUACCUGUUAUAUGGCUUUCGAGUGGAACCGAUCUUUGUGUGCUCGGAUAAACCCUGCCCGCACCAUGUGGACUGCUUCAUCUCACGCCCCACCGAAAAAACCAUCUUCCUCCGAAUCAUGUAUGGUGUCAGCUGCCUUUGCCUGCUGCUAAACCUGUGGGAAAUGAUUCACCUCGGAGUGGGAACUAUCCGUGAUGCACUGCGCAAACAAACCGAAUCAGUCGCCGAUGAUGAGUACCAGCUCGGCUUGCUUGCAGCAGGGGGCGUGUCUGUUGGAGUAGGUGGGCCUUCGCUCAGCGAAGGGGAACCAGGAGGCGGAGUUGGGGGCGGCGUACGAGAAGCAGACUAUGUUGGUUAUCCCUUCUCCUGGAAUACUCCUUCUGCACCGCCAGGGUAUAACAUUGUGGUGAAGCCUGAGACGAUGCCGUACACAGACCUGAGCAACGCCAAGAUGGCGUGCAAGCAAAACCGUGCCAACAUUGCCCAGGAGGAGCAGCAGCAGUACGGCUCCAAUGAGGACAACUUCCCGUCUGCAGGUGAGGCGAGACCGCCUCCCAUCAACAAAGAUGUGAUACAGUUAGAGGCGGCGAUUCAAGCCUAUACCUUGCAGCACCAUGCUAGCAAUAACCACGACGAGAUGAACGAUACCAAUGACAUCGACGAGAAGCCUCAGAGCAACAUCACCACUGCACCACAGAAGGAGCGAAAGCAACAGUACAAGCAUGGAAAAUCUGGGAGCGCUGGAAGCAGCAGCAGCAGCAAGUCCGGAGAAGGCAAACCAUCUGUCUGGAUCUGACAUUUGCACACACACCUGAACAUUACACUCAGUGGUGCACACUAUCAUCCAUUUCUGCAAGUUUCUUUAGACACGAAAUAUCAUGUGCAUCCCACAGAUUACAAAGACUGCAAACACGUGAUUCGAAAAAUGCUGUAUAUCUUUUUGAAGUGCUUUCGGUGCCUUAAAGAAACUCCAUGAAUGAGAUGGAUUUUUUCGUACUAUUUCUUGAUCUUCCUAAAAUAAUCUUUAUUACGUAGAUUACGUCAAGCUCUAAGAACAUUCCCUCAUAAUCCAGAAAAAACCCGUCCGUUUUCAAAGUUCGGAACUAUUCAGUGAGUUGAGAAAGCCUUCCUAUCGGAUUCUUCCGUAAGAGUGAUGACGCUACAAUCCGAUUCCAAACCAGCUGUCUUCCUUUUGCCAGUGUUAAACAAUAAAUUUUGCAUCAAGAUGCCAAGCUAUAACAAUGCAAUGAUACACCAAUGCUGUGGUGGUACACUGUGGUCUUCAAGACUCAACAAACAGUCCUGUGAAAUAAGCUGUAAAUCUACAUUUACAAACACGCAAACACAUCCAGUGCAAAUGUUUUCAUAGCUAUGGGUGUUUGAGGAAGCAGUGCAAUGUCUUUCAGUUCUAGAGAUUCUCUUAGUUUUGAGAUCUCUGUAGUUUUCUAGCCACCAAGACUUGGGAUAUUCCGUUGAUGGAUCCACUUCCUACUCUGUUCUUGUACUAUCCCCUACUGGUGAAGAAAGCAUUUGCAGUCUAGUCUUAUCAGCCAUAUAAAUAUAUACAGGGUCCCCACGGUCCUGGA